AUGCUGAGCGAUCUGACAGCCGAGACAAGGCGACUGGUGGAUGGCUACUUGCGACGCAACCUGAGUGGUUCGGUGCUGUCUCACAGCCACACGGCCAAGACCCUGCGGAGAGUGGCUGACAAGCUGGAGAGCCGUGAGAAGACAUUCUUUCACUCCAUUUGCUCCACGGCAAUCUUGCCGGAGCCUGGUAGGGCAGACGUCCAUUUGAGACGUGUGGCGGUGCAGAUGGCAUCUGAUGGCGGGCUUAACUGGGGUCGAGUAGUGGCGCUGUUUGUGUUCACCGGCACCUUGGCAACAGCUCUGGCUGAGCGGGGGGCCCACGAGGAGAUCGGUGGCCUGACAGAGGCAUUGGUCAUCUAUCUGUCUGUGGAGAAGCGCGAGUGGCUGGAGGCGCAUGGUGGCUGGGAAGGGUUCUACCGCUACUUCAACAAACACGGUUCUGAUUCAAUCAGCCGGUGCGAUACCAAAAGCAACACUAUCAUAGCAACCGCCGGAUUUGUCCUAGCAGGAUUAGCUUUCCUCAUGGCCGUGAGAUAA